AUGUUCGAGCUAGGGAAGACCGAGGACCACUGGAUGACGGGCAGAUACAAUGACAUGGAAGAUUAUCCGUUCUUGAUGGAGAGCGCUGGUGCGGAGGUUAAUGGGUUCCGUGCAGUGGGUAAUAAGCCCCUUUCCAAUAGGGGCUCCAUCAAUGGCUUGAACACGGCGGGAUUUCACUAUGUAUAUGUGAUCAAUAAAGACUCACACUCACACACACUCACACACACAUAUAAAUAUAUAUAUACUGUACAUACACACACACUGUCUCCGUCUCUCUCUUUCUCUGUCUCUGUGUCUCUCUCUCUGUCUCUCUCUCUCUCAGUUGUACAGAACAGGAUCACAGUGUUCUGGUUCAGAGGGAAGGAGUUAGCUUUAGCGUUUGGUCUCACUCUCGCCUUCUCUCGACUCAGCUCCAUCCUCAACUUCUUCCUCACUCACCGGUUCGAGGCUCAGUAUGGCAUGCAGUGGACACUGUGGGGGGGGGCACUGCUGUGUGUGCUGGGUUUCCUCUCUGCUAUAAUGGUCAGUGUUCUGGAUAAAGUGGGCAUGAAACAGCUCGGGCUGGAAGGAACAAUACAGGAGGAGUCACGCAAAGUGAGGGUGCAGGAUGUGCGUUUGUUCUGUCUGCGUUACUGGUUGCUGCUUUUCACCAACAUGUUCUUCUACAAUGGCAUUUUCCCCUUCAUCGCUGACGCCAGUAAGUUUAUCCAGGAUAAGUAUGAGGGUUACACUCAGAAGCAGGCGGCCUACACCGUGGGUGCUGUGUACGACAGCUCACUGGUGUUAUCGGCUGCUGUGGGCAUUCUCAUUGACUAUGUGGGUUUGCGUGGUGUGUUUGCCAUACUGUGUGCGGUGUGUACACUACCUGUGUUUGGGUUACUGGCCUUCACCUUCGUCCCUCCGCUCGUCUCCACCAUCUGGCUCGGGAUCACCUACUCCUUCGCCGCAGCGAGUAUGUGGCCCUCCAUCCCCCUGGUGGUUCCCCGCUCCACCCUCAGGACAGUGAUGGGUUUGGCGACGUCAGUGCAGAUGAUGGGCAUCGGACUGUGUAACCUCAUCGUGGGAGAGAUAAUGGGGGUGGAAAACAGUGAUGUUAAGAUUCCUCUAUGGCGAUGUCAGCAAAUGAUGAUCUUCAUGUUAGCGAACAUUGUCGGCUGCAUCAUCACAUCUACUGUACUGAACAUCAUCGACUGGAGAGAGGUACACACACACACACACACACACACACACACACACACACACUGAUCCUGAACAUACACACAGUCUCAGUGGAGCAGCGCUAGGGUCU